UUAACAUUUAAUUUAUUCUGAAAAAUGGGCAAUGUUUCAUGUUACUGCGAGUUGGAUAAUUCAAAGGAGGAUCAACCAGUGGUGCCACUUAGGUUUCGGUCAUAUAAGAGAGAACCAGAGACCUCUGUUAGCCCAAAGGAAUCUAAGAAGCCAGCUAUUAUCAACUUUGAAGGAUCUACUGUUGAUUCUCACAGCGUGUCUGUAGAUGUUAGCGAGCUCAGUUGCGACUUUGGCAUCAAGGAAGGUAUUGAAAUUGAGAAUACUGAGAAAGGCAACGAGAUUCAGGUCAAUUCAAAGCUUAUUCCGAAUAAUUUAAGCUCUUUCCUUCAGUCUGUACAGAGUGCUGUAGCCUCUGACGAAAAUUCUAACAACUAUGUAGAAGGAAGAGAUAGGAGGUCGCUAAUCAGAGACGGUCCGAUUGGGACUCCGAUCAGCUUGAUGGAAGAAAAUAGAACUCCUAAAGUUAGGCGUACCUUCCCAGUCUUACUUGCUAAGGAUAUGAGCACUGUUAGUAUUGGCAGGAGUAAAAAGAUACUUUAUGCAAAACUUCAGGAAAUGGGCUUAAUUAAGCCUUGCAGAAAAUACGAAGACCAAAACAGCUGUUUUUGCCAUUAGGCAAGACAUUAUAAUUUUAUAAGUUCAUGGUUACACGAUAUUUCU